AAAAUUAAUUGCAUGUAAUAAUAAUAGGUGGUGUUGAAUUUUGAUUACCUGAGACCAGCCUAGAAUUUGGUUGAUGCUAUUGUUCAUGAGGGUAUUUGGAAUAUACAACUAUAAAGCUUAGUAUAUUAAAAGAAAAGAGCGAUCAAAGAGCCAAAGAAGAAUUUGGGAGAAUGUGCCAUAUGAUGCAUAUGAAAAGGAGAAGAUGGCUGAUUUCAUGAAAAUCGUGACAAAAAAUAAGAUCAACUUACCUGAGAAGUAACUAUUUAGAUCAAUCUGUUAGUUGGACUGAUAGUGAUACUUUGAAGAUGGUGUAUUGUGGUAAAUUCAAGGACAAGAAUUACUUAAAAGUAUUGCAAUCUCAUUUGGCUUGGAGAGCUAUCCCCAAUAAUUUUCAGCCAACUGAUAUCAACAUUGCAUUUUUAUAGAAAGGAAUCGUUUACACUCAUGGUAGAGACAAACAGCAAAGACCCAUCAUAAUUAUGAACCUCGAAUUGGUGAAUCUGAAGCAAGUAUCAAAGUGAAUCAACCUAUAGUUUAGUGAGGAAGUCUACAUAAAUGCAUUGAGCUAUUACUUUGGUAUCAUCAAGAAGUAUUGUUUUAUUCCUGGAAAAGUUGAGAACUGGGUUUUCAUUAUGGAUACUAAGAAGCUUGGCCUAUCUAAAUUCCCUUUCAAGGUAUCCUAUUCGAAUCUAUUUGUUAGGCUAUUCAAAUAGCAACCAAAACUAUGCAAGUUAACUUCUGUGGUUGUUUAGAUAAACUUUAUUUAUUAAAUCCAUCUAGUUCAUUGAGCUUUUCUUGGAAGAUGGUCUCUGGUAUUGAAUUUGAAAUAAUCUUAAGCUGUGGCUGACGCUGAUACUAUGGAAAAAGUCUAAAUGCUUAAACCUAAUGAAUACGCCAAAAUUUAGGAGAGAAUAGCAGUCAAUUAACUGGAGGAAUAAUUCGGAGGUACAAGUCCAAACCUUACAAAAUUCUGGUUACUUUUCUUAUGCUUAUAGUUAGGCCACCUAUUAACAUCGCCAUUCCAGGAGGAUAUACAUAAGAAAUUUUGAUGGCUGUCGAAUCGAUGAAAACUACAGAGAUUGUAAUUUAGAAGGAAGUACCUGCAUCAGAGGAGGAUGAAAUGAAGUUGUAAGAACAAAUUUCUAAGAUGCAAAUUAAAAAAGAUGACGACGAUGAUGAUUGAUAGAGUAAAUUAAUGAAAUUAUACAUUCCAUAAAUUUAAU